AUGGUAACAAAUCUUAGCACAUAUGAUCCUGAUGACCCAGUACCCAACGACAUACCGAAUCCCUCAUUAGAAAUGUCAUCAUUCAAGCCGUGUCGAACAAAUUGUAAAUGUUCGAUAUGUUUUAUAAUUAGUUUCAUUGGGUUAAUUAUGGGACUUGUCAUGUUAAUUUUAUUUGAUCCACUUGUGAACAAAAUAUUGGCAUAUAAAAUGGCUAUUAUUCAAGGUCGAGAAGGUCAUCGAUUUUGGAAAGAUCCACCAGCUAAUAUACAUCGAAAAAUGUAUAUAUGGCAUUGUACCAAUCCUAUUGAAGUACAAAAUGGUGGAAUACCAGAAUUGAUUGAACGCGGACCUUAUGUUUAUCGAGAAGAAUGGAAUCGAUCAAAUGUUGCGUAUAGUGAAGAUUUAAAUACAAUUUCUUACAUUCCAUUAACAACACUUUAUUUUGAUCGAAACCAAUCGAUUGGUUCGGAUGAUGAAUAUGUAACUGUUAUUAAUGUACCAUUAAUGGCUAUGGCACAUGAAGUUCAAUUUUAUACUCCAGUAAUGCAAGAAGGUAUUAAUUUUUUUAUUGAAUUAUUAGAAACAAAAUUAUUUGUUAAUGUUACUGUUAAACAAUUAAUGGAAGGUUAUUCAGAUCCAUUAAUUGAAAUAGCUAGUAAAGUAAAACCUGGUGUAUUAAAAGAUGAUAAAUUUGGAAUAUUACAAGCUAGAAAUAACACAUAUUAUCAAAAUUUUACUAUUCAGACUGGAAUUAAUGAUAUAACUCAAGUAGCAAAAGUCGUUUCAUUUAAUGGUGUUCGAACAUUAAAUUAUUGGUCUACACCUCAAGCAAAUAUGCUUAAUGGAACAGAUGGAUCUUUAUUUCCACCAAAUUUACAUAAAACUACACAAGUUUAUUCAUAUAAUGCUGAUAUGUGUCGAUCGUAUUAUCUAUCAUUUUUACGUGAAAGAAAAGAUGGUUAUGUAACAUUAUACGAUUUUCAUUUAUCAGCAAAUGUAUUUAACAUGUCUCGAGAAGAAAAUCAUGGUUUUUGUAAUCAUAAUUCUUGCUUAGGUGAUGGUGUACUUAAUAUCAGUACUUGCUAUUUAGGAGUAUGGGGAUUUAUUUCAUCUCCACAUUUUUUUCAAGCUGAUAUUAAAUUUCGUCAAGAUGUUCGCGGAAUGCAACCAGAUGAAAAUAAACAUGAAUUUAUUAUGAGUUUUGAUCCAGUAACUAGUGUUCCAUUUGCAGUUAACGUUCGAUUACAAUUGAGUUUUUAUAUGCCCAAUAUUAAAAAACUUCGUUUAUUAAAAUCCGUAAAACCAAUUAUAAUGCCAAUUGUAUGGUUUGAUGAUGAAGCACGUCUAACACCUGAAAUUCAUUAUUUAUUAUCGAUAGUAUUAGUAUUAUUAAAAGCUGCUUCGUAUAUAAAAUUUAUUUUACCAUCGAUUAGUCUUUUAUUUCUUUUAAUAAGUUCUUUGUUUAUAUAUAUUCAAUGGCGACGUAUUCGACAUGAACUCGCGAAUUCCAAAGUACCUCUGCUUAAUGGAAAUGGUAAUCUUUAA